AAGAAAACAGCAGAGCAGGAAUCAAAACAAGAGACGGACACGCCUUCGUUCUUUAAGGUUAUAGCAGCUUAUAUUUUGUAACUGCUGCUGUCAUAGCUGCAUCAAAACCCUGCCUGUCAUCCACGAGGACACCAAAAACAACAACAACAACAGCACAAAGACAAAGCACUGCAACAACAACAACAAAAAAGCACCACUGCAGAAAUGGAGUCCACAGAAAUGUCAGACGUUGACAGCAGCCGUUGAUAGAGGUCGAAAAUAACACUGACAUCCGAAUCCUGUACAAUGCCCAACCAGAAGAACAACAACAAGGGAAAGAAAAGCAAACGCACUAACAGUAGCGGAGAUGAGCAGGAAAAUGGAGCCUGUGCGGCCGCAACAGGAGGCGCGGCCGCGGCGGCGGCGGCUGCUGCUACUGCACCCAGGCACGAGCGCUCAAGUGAGGGCCAGUGUGCGACCCCUCUCGGCUGCAGCUUUGCCCGUCCCAUCGACCUGGAGAAGGACGACUACCAGCGGGUGGUCUGCAACAACGAGAUCUGCCCUUACGGCAACUGGAUGCACCUGCAGUGUUUCUACGAGUGGGAGAGCUCCAUCCUCGUCCAGUUCAACUGCAUCGGCCGCGCGCGGUCCUGGAACGAGAAGCAGUGCAGGCAGAACAUGUGGACCAAGAAGGGCUACGACCUGGCGUUCAGGUUCUGCUCUUGCCGCUGCGGCCAGGGCCACCUGAAGAAAGACACCGACUGGUAUCAGGUGAAACGUAUGCCCGACGAGCGCAAGAAGAAGCCAACUGAGAGGAGCAGGAACGGGUCCAGUGGAGGGGCCGCAGGGCCCGGGGACGGGCUUUUUGAUGAGCCCAAGAGAAGCAAGCCGCCAGGAGCAGCAGGUAUAGGAGGAGGUAAACUACUCCACAGAGCUUCUAGUCAGGACUUACCUCGGAGACAAUCAAUGGACCGUCAGAACUCUUCAGAGAGAGGAGCAGUAGGAGGGCUCCCGACAGGGGGACCCUUUUCUCUGGGGCCUCCUCAGAAGUCACCAUGUGACUCCCCGGGACAGUCUCCCCCAACUGGUUUCCCUUUCUCCCCCACUGCUGUCCUAGGAGCAGCAGCUGGAGGGGCAGGAUUGCGAGGUUCCCGUCAGCUGGGAGAAUUCUUCAAAUCAGCCGUCCACAUGGACCCGCAGAGGAAACACCUGCUGGUCGCGGGAGCUCUCAGCCGGGGAGGCGGCUGCUCGAUGGGAGCCUCCGGCGGAGGAUCCCACCUCGACCCCGGGUCUGUAAUUCCCCUGCCGCUGUCCUUUGCCCUCCCGCUCCACCACCGGCUCUCCUCCGGCAGUGUGGGUGACGGCACGCACUCUCACCCAGUGCAGUUCCUGAGGAGGCUGGACCUCUCGGAGCUCCUCACCCACAUCCCUCGACAUAAACUCAACACCUACCACGUCCGCAUGGAGGACGACGCCCAGGCAGGCCAGGGAGAAGAGCUGCGCAGGUUUAUCCUCUCAGCCCUCAGUGCGAGCCAGAGAAACGUGGUCAACUGUGCGCUGUGCCACAGAGCGCUGCCUGUGUUUGAACAGUUUCCUUUGGUGGACGGGACUCUGUUUCUCAGCCCUUCACGCCACGACGAGAUUGAGUAUGACGUCCCCUGCCACCUUCAAGGCAGGUUAAUGCACCUCUACGCCAUCUGUGUGGACUGUCUAGAAGGCGUCCACAAGAUUGUCUGCAUCAAGUGCAAGUCACGCUGGGACGGGAGCUGGCACCAACUGGGCACAAUGUACACCUACGAUAUACUGGCUGCUUCCCCGUGUUGCCAGGCUCGUCUCAACUGUAAGCACUGCGGGAAGCCGGUGGUGGACGUUCGAGUCGGGAUGCAGUAUUUCUCCGAGUACAGCAACGUCCAGCAGUGCCCUCACUGCGGCAACCUGGACUAUCACUUUGUGAAACCUUUCUCCUCCUACAAAGUACUCGAGGCUUAUUGACAAAUGCUGUCCAUGCAGGCUAGUUGAGCUGCUUUUGUUCUCAAUUUUUUUAAACACAGUCUAGGAAAGAUUUUAUUUUUGGGGCCUUAAGGUGAUUUUAUGUUUUUAUGUUCACUCUCUUUUGUUGUUGUUUUAUGUAUAGGAAAAAGUAUCACUCUAGUUUUAAAAAAAAAAAAAAAAAGAAAGAAAAAAAAAAGUUCCAAGACAGUAUAUCUGCAGUUACAGAAAGGUGUUGAUAAAGUGUAGAACUGACACAUCAGUCAAGCAAACACACUCAUCUGUGAGAAAUGAAUGUAUCAGUAUGCCAAACUUUGCUUUUAUUUAACUUUUUUCUUUUCUUUUUUUUACCAAAAACAUAAAGAUGAAUCUCAAAUAAAGAAGAGAAAGAUAAGCGUUUGUGUCGGUUUGGUAUCUUCAUCCCAUAUUUUAAAAAACAAUUUCACUUCAACGGGGACGGUCUUCCAAAUGCUUCAACUUUUAUUAGCGGAUCAUCAUCAUCAUCCUCCUUUAGCUCGUCUGAAUUGUCACAAGUAGGUGAACAAAAAUCAAUGGAUUCCACUUAUCCUGUGGUGUCAACCUGUUCAUCGGUGUAUGUUUGUGGGUAAAAAGCUAAAACAUGUACUCAUCACAUUUUGGGUACAAAAGUCUGUUCUCAAUGUCACAUGUGAAGACUCAAGCCCCAUCUAAUAACAAACAUCUGGUACAUUCAGGUUACAUUUACAGACAGGAUGAGUUAAAGGGCCAGUGUGUAGCAUUUAGGGGGCUCUAUUGGCAGAAAUGAGAAUAUAAUAAGUAUGUUUCCUUUAGUGUAUAAUAACCUGAAAUACAGAAUCGUUACCUUAGAAUGAACCGGCUGCCGUGUUUCUACAGUAGCCCAGAACGGACAAACCAAACACUGGCUCUAGACAGGGCUUCCUACACGCUCGGCACAUGGGACGAGUUUCAGUUGGUUGCAAUCUGCAACCUCACUGCUAGAUGCCGCCAAAUCCUACACGCUGCACCUUCAAAAGGAAAAAGCUGAAUGAUUUGAGAAACCUACUGCUUCAUCUUUUAGUGGAGAGGACCAACCCAGGAGUAUGUUUUUAAGAAUGAAACCCGCACUUAUCAAAUAAAGUUCAGUGUUUAGGUCACUAUAGCCUGUAAUGCAGUAUUCAAACAUGGGGUGCUAUACAUUAAAAACUUCACUCUGCUGUUGCACAACAUGUUGGUACCAUCGUAGCUCUGCCACCUGUGACACUUUCAGAGGGCCGAUGGUUAUUCCAUUUCGCUGGAUGCGUCAUUAUUACAUACCAGGCUUUAUUAAAUUCUUAACACGAUACACAAUGAAAUGAAGGAAUUGGAUUAGUUUUUAUGAGAAUGUUUUAUUUCCAUGUAUAGACCCCUCUGUUGUGUCUGUGUUGCUAACAGGAGGGACGGGUGUUUCGCUCUCAGGGGCUCUUGAAGUCGAGUCGUCAGACUGCGAAGCUGCGUCCUUAUUCUUCUGCGACAGUUCCUUUGCUGAAGGUGGCCGGAGGAUGCACAUGGCUGCUUGACCGUCACGUACGGCUUUCGGCUUGGAAACGAAUCCGACCAUCACCUCCAUUUGCUGCACUAUCUGCUCCAGAGUUGUGUCCUGUGGAAAAUAAAACAAUGGGGUUUUUUGGGGAAUAGAUUUUUAACACAAACAAGUAUUUUUAAUCCCUUUGACUUGUUUUUUUAAGAAUAGUGAAAAAUAAACUUCUCAGUAAUGUCUGGUGGACAUUCACUGUGAACACAUUUCCGUACUGUCAUUUUUUGGCAGACAUGCACGCAGAUAACAGUUAAAUCUGUGACUAUUUCUGCCAUGCAGAUGUUUCAUUUGGGAAUGCACAUCUCUAACGCACACAGCUGCGCUAUUCUGAACCUGUCUCAGUUGCAGAGGACGGAGUAGACAACAGAAAGCGUUUCCCCUCACCAGGUCGACUGCCGAUCCCCCGCGUCCUGAUCGCAGAGUGAGUCUGACAUGGUUCUUCUUCUCCAGCCAAUUCUCCACUUGUUUCAUCUUGGUGGACAGGUCGUGCGCUGCGAUGCCGGAUGAAAAGGUGAGCUCUUUCACCUGCACGGGGGCUGUGGAGAAGAGAACACGUGUGUUUCAUCACGUUUGACUUUCGUACUGUGUGAACAACAUCUUUUACUUCCUGUAGAGAUCUGUUGAAUACUGUGGGUACCUGCCGGGACACCACAUACCUGCUUUUGCUUUCUGUUUCUCCCGCAGUUUCAGCUGCUCUUCGUGGAUCUGUUUGCCACUCAUCAGCCGGUAGACGGGGGGAUCUUUGCGUUCGUUGAGCAGCACCAAUUUGAGACCCUGCUCGUCCAGGAUUCGGAUCACAUCUGAACGGUGCAUGGUGCCCAGGUUCUCGC